AGAAGAAGAGGGACCUGCAGGCCGCCGUCCGCGCAAAGAUCCCGUCGUGCAAGGUGGAGGUUCCUGUUGUGACGCUUGGAGGGGCGACGGUGAGCGGCGAGGGGGCGGGCGCGAUGGCGGCGGCGGGCAAGGCCAAGGAGAAGGAGGGCUUCGACGAGCUCUGGACCUUUUUGCAGACGGCGGGCAACCUAGACUGCACGAAGCUGCAGCCGUUUGAAGGGGCCGACGUCAAGUGGGAAAAGAUGAUCAAGGCGAAGGAUGAGGCGGAGGCGCGCGCGCGCGCGUCCCUCAUCUACAUCGCCGUCCUCGCAAAGCUGGGCGGCUUCCUUGUUUUCCUUUUCUGGCGCGCCUUCAUGCUGCCGCGCUACGUCGCCUUCUUGCUUGCGAGCGCCAUCGGUGCGUACGCGGUGCACCAGAUCGUGACUUGCAGCGGGGAUGUGCCUCGCACGCCCCUCUUCGGCGCGGCGCUCGCGCUGCUGAUGGUCAACAUGCACACCGUCGCCGACGAGCUGCUCAUCCUCGGCUUGUUCGUCAAGUUUGUCGGGUACGAGACGACGGCGUGCUCGGUGCGCCACUCGUACCGCGUCUGGCUCGAGCCCCACGCGGGGCCGUUCGUCGACGCGGCGAUGGAGAAGGCGGGCCCUCUGCUCCAGGCGGCGCAGGAGCAGGUGAAGAAGCUGACCGUGUCCGUCGCGCCACCCGCAAAGCCGAGCGCGGAGACCAAGAAGAACCUCUGAGAAGGCCGCGGCGCGUGGGGAAAGGUGCCGCCGCGGCUCUAGCGCAGGAGGGGGAAGGGGGGUGGGCGGGCGCCGCAGCGUCGCUGUCUAGCGUCGGCGGCGCCUGCAGGAGGAGCGGCCGGUAAGAGCGUUCCGUCUCGCCGAUGCUCAGGGCGCUUUGGCGGCCACUGCCCCGGAACUGUGCCUUGUGGAUGGCUGCGCGUCUCUCUGUCGUGGAUCUGUCUCUCUGUGACUGUGACCCCCUGCUCGUCGGGUACCGCCUCGUGGACGGGAGAGGUGGGGUGCACGUCCCCACGUGUCCCGGCCGUGUACUAAUUUCCUUUUCAAUGCACGCAAUGCC